AUGGGAAACAAGCGAAGACCCCUUCUUCUGCUGCUACUGCUGCUGCUACUGCUGUUGCUUCUGACGGUAACCUCUACUCGGCCAAGGGUGCCAGGUCGUAUUCACGCCCAAGCCAAACGAUACCUGAAGAGGCAGCAAUACGGUGGCGUGCAGCCAAUCUCGGUUUAUAAAGGGUCAGACCUAUACCGUUAUCUCCUGCCCUUCACUCGCAGAAGGGGGAGUAUUCCCAAUCAGCUUCAAUCCGCCAACUUCCGUGGCGUUGACUUCGGGCCUCCAACUGCAAAAGGGUCAGAGAAAGAAAGGAAAGGCAAAGAAAAGGAAAAAGACCAAAAAUACCGACGAGCCAGUCAUAACCCGGAGAUGAUUCCGUGGUUGAUCCCGAAGCGAUCCUGACCGGUUGAAAGUUUCCAGAAAGCUGUCACCGACCGAGAGCGGGCCCCUGCACUCUUUGCCUGCUAUUUUGGCUGUUUUGCCCGGUUCGACUGCCAAGCCUCUGCGUCACUUUUUUUUUUU